AUGGCAUCCUCACUCCUCGCGACAUUGGGCAUGCUUGUUCUGGCUAUUGUCAGUCCCAUAACACCACUAGGAUUAUCGACACAUGUCGGGAGUGCUUCGCCUAGAUCAGUUACUUUCAGCUACGUCCCAGACACAUCUCCAAUGGGGCAAGCAACCAUAUCACACGCGGACUACGUUAACAAUCGGCUGUGCGGUGCUUUCCUUCUGCUGAAUUGUCCUGGUAGCUGGGCUGGCUACGAUACAACGAGGAACGAGACUGGCUGGUAUGCCAACUCAAGCACCCUGGAUGCCUACAUGUCCUCCACCAUAGCUCCUAACAUCACCGAAGUCUUCACGAGCGGCACCAACGGAGACGGAAGCACAGUAUCAAGCGUGUUUGAUAUCGCAUGGAGGUCAUUCAUAGUCUACGGUAACGCCACCGCACCGGCAGAGAAUGAGUCCCAAUGGGUAGAUCACGGCAGAUCGCGGGCACGGGGGAGCUUCCAAUAUUCCCAAUCUUUCAUCCUAAACAACCGAUACGAGGCUAUUGAAGGGCUAAUAGUCGACACGAUUUCGGGAGCAAUCGGGUUCCGCAACCAUACUAUGCCACCAAGUUUGGAUACUGGUUUUGAGUGGAGCGAGACUCUUCUUUGGAUUGAGCCGGAAACGAUAUGUGUAGACAUGAACCUCACCCUCGAUUAUUCGAUAGCAUCGCCAAAACAACCCGGAUCGGCCUUGGAUGCCCGUCUAACGGACCAUGGAGGCAUCUCCAAUAUAACACGGCAUUACCCAUACUUGGAUCUUAACCAAUCCCAAACCCGGCCCCUGCUCUAUGAGCGGGCUUGGAAAGGAGCAGUGACAACAAACUCCAACCUCAUGACCUACUAUAACUUAACCCGAAAUGAGACCUUCCUCGGGCAGACUUUUAAGUUGUCCGGUCCGAUUGCGGGUGUUUACAUAGCGCCUAAUAGAAUCUCUGCAUCUGGUUUCGGUUCUAGCAGCAUGAUACAAAUGCCCAGCCCUCUAUAUUUCGACUCGAGUAGCGUCCGACUCAACGAGACGCUAAGCAGCAACUACACGCCCAAAUAUAUUGACGCAAGUAUCACGACUCGGGGAUUUGGGGGACGUGACAACAUCAGUAUCAAUACGAUCAUGGUGGCCACUGGUAUGAUUCUAGGGGCGGGAAUCCAGGUUGAUAAUUCCGGCAAUCGAAUACCAAGAUCAGGAAGUGUUCGUUUGGAUCCAUUCACCAAUUGGACUCACCCUCUCUUCUCCUGCGCCACAGCGUUAAGGGCAUCCAUAAAGAACGUUACCUUUCAAAGCAACGGUGCUUCACUUCUACCAAAUCUCAACAUAAAAGCGAUAGGGCCUCCAUCGUAUCCCUCCGACGAUACGCAGCCCCUCUGGGCGGUGGAGAAACCCGGCCUCUUAAUCGGAGAUGUGAACCCAUUCUGGGGUCUUAUAUCGCCCGACCAUGCUUCCUCUCCAUACUUGGAGACUGUGCAAAAGGAGUUUCUCUACUUACCAGCUGGCUCUGCAGCGUCUGGGGGGAUAGGCACCAUGAGUGGCGACGCUAGUGCGGGUGCAAGCGCUCCAAUCGGUGCGCUAAAGAAUGCCUACGAUAUAACCACGAGAGAUACAGUAGACUAUUCUGGCGCCACUAGCUACCCUUUGUUCCUCAAGUGGCAGUCGCUGUCUCGAAAUGCGUCUAGUGCUGGAUCGAUCAUCAACCUCAUCUGGACGGACAUCAUGGCCAAUGCUGUUGUUGGGACGAAAAGCGUACUCUCUCGUCCCAACACAACCGACCUGACCUCUGUUAUGGUAUAUGCAACACCAUUCGAGCAAUCCAUUCGUUACAACUUUAUCUACGCCAUCCCAGCCUUCUGUUUUGCAUUGUUGUAUCUGGCUUUGUUCCUCACUUGUGUUCUGUUGUUCGUCUUCGGACGUAUCUCCCUACGCACUCUCCGUAUGCUCCUCAACCAUACAGCUGCAGGCCGCGCGGCCAUCACUGAAAGGCAUCCAGAUGCGGUGCAGGUUAAUGCAGGAACUAGAGAAUGGUGCAGUACGCUUGGGAAGGAGGAGAUAAGGAUCAAAAAGAGUAUGGCGCGUCAGGAGAAUAAGCCGUUGAAUGGGAUCUACUACUCGAGUGUUCAGCAAAGCGGUGUGCUGACCGAGUCGGGUCCCAAGUCGGAGAGCAAUAGCCAGGAUGGUUUAGCAUGGCAAGAGCAGGCUGGGCAGAAGAUACCGGAUGCUGUGGUUCCUCAGCGCAGAUGA